GACGGAGGCGAGCAGAGGGACCAGCCACACAAAAGCGGCCUCGGAUCUCGCCGGAGCCGCAAGCGUUAAGGGGAGGCGGGGAGUGACGCGCGCUGCGUCUGGAGCGGCUCCGUGGAGCCCACAGCAGCCACCGCCGGAGCCUCGCCUUCCUUUCUCCCUCUGCAGACUCGUCGAGACACAAAAAGAGAGGCAGCCCGGACCCGCGCGAGGCGCCCCCGGCACCAUGACCGAGACCACCAAGACCCACGUUAUCCUGCUGGCCUGCGGCAGCUUCAACCCCAUCACCAAAGGGCACAUUCAGAUGUUCGAAAGAGCCAGAGAUUAUCUGCACAAGACUGGAAGGUUUAUUGUAAUUGGCGGGAUUGUGUCCCCUGUCCAUGACUCCUACGGAAAACAGGGCCUCGUGUCCAGCCGGCACCGCCUCAUCAUGUGUCAGCUGGCUGUCCAGAAUUCUGAUUGGAUCAGGGUGGACCCAUGGGAGUGCUACCAGGACACUUGGCAGACGACCUGCAGUGUGUUGGAACACCACCGGGACCUCAUGAAGAGGGUGACGGGCUGCAUCCUCUCCAAUGUCAACACGCCUUCCAUGACGCCUGUGAUCGGACAGCCACAGCACGAGACCCCCCAGCCCAUUUACCAGAACGGCAACGUGCCCACCAAACCCACUGCAGCCAAGAUCUUGGGCAAGGUGGGAGAAAGCCUCAGCCGGAUCUGCUGCGUGCGCCCGCCUGUGGAGCGCUUCACCUUCGUAGAUGAGAAUGCCAACCUGGGCACGGUGAUGCGGUACGAGGAGAUUGAACUGCGGAUCUUGCUGCUGUGUGGGAGUGACCUGCUGGAGUCCUUCUGCAUCCCAGGGCUCUGGAACGAGGCAGAUAUGGAGGUGAUUGUUGGGGACUUUGGGAUUGUGGUGGUGCCCCGGGACGCAGCUGACACAGACCGAAUCAUGAAUCACUCCUCAAUACUUCGCAAAUACAAAAACAACAUCAUGGUGGUGAAGGAUGACAUCAACCAUCCCAUGUCUGUUGUCAGUUCAACCAAGAGCAGGCUGGCCCUGCAGCAUGGGGACGGCCAUGUUGUGGAUUACCUGUCCCAGCCAGUCAUCGACUACAUUCUCAAGAGCCAGCUGUACAUCAAUGCCUCCGGCUAGCAGCCACACAGCCCUCUGCUCCACUCUCCCCUCGUCCUCUGCCAACGCACUGGCCCCUCCAGUCUCUGUCAUUCCCCCUGUUUCUCUCCUGCCUCUCUGUUUCUCCAUCUCCUCAUCUUGACUGAAUUCGAGUCCAUUCUUUCGUUUCAAAAGGCCAUUUUCCCCACUCGCUGACUUAAGCCCCCACAGUGUGGGGGACCUGCAGAGAACCAUGGCACUCUCUAUUCCACAGUCAUCUUUGGACAAACUUUCCUCUAGUCUCUGGGUUGGGGGUGGGUGAGGGGAUAGGGGCGGGAUUGGGGGAAGUGCAGUCCUCGGAGAUGUACUGGUGUCCGUCUCCCAGCAUGCUCUCGAGAGGCGGCUCUGGUGCCCAUCCUCCCAGCAUGCUCUGGGGAGGCGGCUCUGGCUCUCGCCUUCCCAGCAUGCCCUUUACUUGCCCUUUACUUUACAAGUAACCCUUUGUAAAGGGCUAUUUUUCUUUUCUUUGUUUAUUUUUCUUUGUUCAUUCCUUGUAGAACUUGGAUGAAAUCAGUGUCUUUAUGUCUGGAGUCUUGGUGCGCUCCCUUUUGAUAGGACACUGUAGCCAGCCUCAGCACUCAGUUAUGUGCAUGGGGGCCACACUCAGUAGAGAAGGCCAGGCCACCUCCACUUCUCCAGCACACACACACACACACACACACACACACCCCACAACAAUAGCAGCAACAGCCGCAGCCUUUGGUCAGGAGUGAGACUUUCAGGUUCUGAAACCUGGGAGGCAAGUCUGGGAAUAGCAGAGUUCUCAGAAGAAUUUGAGUCCAUUUCUUUAGUUUCAAAAGGCCAUUUUCCUGAUGCUCUGGGUUUAUGAUCACACAGGGCUAGUACAUCCUCAUUUCCUGGUGGCAUCUGUUCAUUUACUAAUCUGGGCUGUGGCGGAUGGCACAGUGUGGAUUCCCUGCCAGCCUGGCAUUUCCAAGGAGCCCUCAGGACACCAUCUAAACCCUUGGAGACCCUGCUUAGACAUGCUCUUGCAUCGAGAAGAAUCAUACAGAUAAGGCCAAAUCCAUAUCUUUAAAAAACAUGCUAUGGACUGGGUACAGUUGCUCACAUCUAUAAUCCCAGCAUUUUGGAAGGCCGAGGUGAGAGGAUUGCCUGAGCCCAUGCGUUCGAGACCAGCC